CGAACUUACAAGUCCUUUCCAUCUCUAUGUGGAUGCCAAUCCCAUGGGCGGACAACUUUACUCAUGGCAAUCUCAACCCUACGGACACGGGCACUAGCGAUUAUGACAUGCUCAGCAACGCCCUGGGCAAAGCAAUUGCAAGUCUUCCAGCUCUAAAAAGCCUCAAUCUUUCUGGAACCUUCGACUCAUCGCUCUUCUGGCCACCAAGCUCGUGCACCGACAAGGACCCGGACUACGGUGAUGGCUUGACCUGCCGCUGGAAGUCCCUCGAAAGCAUCCGGGUCCACCUUGAUGGUCGAAGGCCUUCGGGAGGAACGUACUUUUCCAUGCGCAACGGCAAUGACCCACGAACAGGAGGCGCCAUCAGCACCGAGAAUGAGAGUCCGCCAGGCUAUUCCAAUAGUCAUCUAUCCCAAGAUGGCGUGCCCGUAUCAAGGCAAUCAGAAACGGAGAGCUUCUCGACUCGGCAGCACACGUUCUCGAUCGCUGGCAGGGGCACAGCUGUGCUGCCCGACCAUGAAGGCACCCUAUCUCCUGUUCUCGAAGCAUUUGCGAAGGCGUGCGGCUGCCUGAUGCCUAAACUGCGACAGGCAGAGCUCUCCUUUACCGUGCCAGCGAUCGUUCCCGUUUCAGGUGUCGGAGGGUCUGCUGAUGGUGCCACGACGUCGCUGCUGCAUGACAGACGACUGUGGGGUGUGUGGUACUUCAGCCCAGGCGUGGUACCUGACCAAGAUCAACGAUGGUGUUGGCACCCCGAGUUUUGCGAUGGAAUCGACAGAAGACGGCUCUUCUGGGAUACGUUGACCUGGCUGCCUGCGGACGACAUCCAUGAACUUUUUAUCAACAUUGGAGCUCAGCAGCAUGGGCCGGACCUAUAUGAGAAGGACGUCAGUCUGCCGGAUAGCACAGCUGCCGAACGUAUACUUGAGGAACAAAGAAAACGCAGGCGGCUGCAAGAGCAGGCUGGAAGAUGAAGAUGGAGUUAGCUGCGAACAAUCAUGGCCAGUAGAGACGGAUAAGCCGGCUUAGCCCGGGGCUCCGGCGGCCCUAAGGCCGUGAAUCUUUGGAUCGGUGGUGACGAUGUUACAUGCCCUGGUCUCGAGAGCAUUGCACUGCAUUCAAAAUACAGUUCGAUAUGAC